AUGCAGCCCUCCCCCUCCCACCAGGAGGAGCCUGCCGUGCCCAGCCCCAACUGCACCGUGGCUCCCAAUGCCAGCAGCCUGGCAGGGGGCACCCGGCUCUUCUCCCAGUUUGCCCGCCUGGACAGGGACCUCCACCAGGACUUCCCCGGCCUCUGGGUGGGACUAGUGGUCAUCAACGCCCUGAUCUUCCUCGUUGGGGCCAUGCUCAACAGCCUGGCCCUGUACGUCUUCUGCUUCCGCACCAAGACCAAGACCACGUCCAUCAUCUACACCAUCAACCUCGUGGUGACCGACCUGCUGGUGGGUCUGUCCUUGCCCACGCGCUUCAUCAUCUUCUACGGCACCCGGGGCUGCGAGCGCUGCUCCUUCGUCCACAUCUUCGGCUACUUUGUCAACAUGAACUGCAGCAUCCUGUUCCUCACCUGCAUCUGCGUGGACCGCUACCUGGCCAUCGUGCAGCUGGACGCCUCACGCAAGUGGCGCACGCCCAGCUGUGCCAAGGGCAUCUGCGCCUGCAUCUGGCUCCUGGCUGCCGCAGUGACCGCCUCCACGCUGACCACGGCCGCCCCACCUGACCCCUGCUGCGGACUCUUCGCCCUGACCGUCUUCGAGUACUUUCUACCGCUGGUCACCAUCACCUUCUUCACGCUGCGCAUCAUGUGCGCCCUGUCCCGGCCCAGCCUCAUGCGCCAAAGCCGUGAGCGCCGCAUGCGGGCCGUGCAGCUGCUGCUGUCGGUGCUGCUCAUCUUCACGCUCUGCUUCACGCCGUUCCAUGCGCUCCAGGUGGCCGUGACGGUGCAGCCGGCCGUGCCACGGCCCGUCAGGCUGGUGGCGCACCACGUCACCGUCACGCUGAGCAGCCUCAACAGCUGCCUGGACCCCAUCGUCUACUGCUUCGUCACCAACAGCUUCCAAGCCACCGUGAGGAGCCUCUUCCGCCGGCCCGAGCCCGAGCAGAGCAGCGGUGAUGCCGUCAGCAUGCACAAGAGCUCCAGGGGCUCUGCCGGCCCUGCUGCCCUCACGCCCGACUCCCGUGGGGCCCAGACUCCGGCGGGGGCAACGACUUCCCGCCCAGCUGCCUACUAAGCUCUCCUCGACAGGCGGCCGAGGAGAGAGUAGGGCGGCCUGGAGGAGAGCAGGUUGGCCCGCUCCUGUCCUGUCGAGGUCCCUCUCAGCCCCUCGGGGUCACCAUUCUGCCCUGCAACCUGCUAACCCCACCUCCCUGGGGGCCCGGGAUGGGGGGCUGGUGGCUCCUCAGGGUCUUGAGGGACUUUGGCUUAAGCAGGGCGAGAUGGGCACGGAUGGGCGGGAGCCCGGGGAUGUGACCCACCCUGGACCCGCCUGGUCCCUGGACACUGCGGCCUGGUCCCUGGGACGUCUUUCCCGGAUGUCUCCAGCCGGGGGUUUGGGGUGGGAGGAGUCUUGAAGGCCGGAGGUGGCUGGAUUACCCUUGGCUCUCCACGCCCUCAGGAGCGGGGCAGAGGGGACUGGAGAGGCCUGGGGAAGUGGGU